CUCUCCCAGUGUUCUUGCUCUGCGGGUCUUCCUGCUAUCCUCCUGCUAACGCUCUCACAGGCAGAUCACUCAUCGAUACAAGGCAGCUUGAGGUUUUUGAAAAGUUUUUGACACAGGUUCUCAUCACAUCUAGCCGAUAUGGCGUCCGACGCAGCUGCACCGGCGGUCGCGGUCACUCAGAUCAACAUGCUGGCGACGAACGAGAGCUACGAAGACCCAGCCUGGCAAGAAGGAGCUAUGAAGAAGAUCGUCGACGUCGUGCUGGGCUCUGGCAAAGCGCAAGACUCCCUCUAUGCAGGCCGCAUCGAGCCGCCAAUUCCAGAGUCCAAGUACAAGAACACGCUCUUCGUCGACUGGGACAACAAAGAAGACCACGACGAGACGACCGCGAGCACGCGCUUCACGCACGAGAUCACGAUGCCCAUCCUGCGCAAAUGCUUCGCGGACACGCCCGUCGUGUACCACGCCCGCCUCGACAACGGCUCCGGCUCCGGCUCCGGCACCUCCACCCAUUCCCCGCAUCCCCAGGCUCCCUCCGGAUCCGACGGCACCGCGGCGCACCCGCUGCGCCCCUCCGUCGCGGCGCUCGGCCGGCCGUACACGCGCGUGACAAUCGCGAGGAUGAAAGACGGCGCGGCGGCGAGCGAACGCAGGGUCGAGGCGCUGUUCGCCGAGGCUGCCGGUGGCGAGGAGGGAGCCGGAGCCAGCGCAUUCGUCUGGGGGAAGACGUACGAGACGUUCAAGGAGGUCACACAGCCCGCGGCGCUCGGCGUGCUCGAGAGGUCCGUGCAGCGGGUGCAGUACGCGGUGCUGGAGGGCGGAGAUUCGCUCGAGGCUUUUGCGGAACCGGUGAAGCUGGACACGUCCAUCGCCGAGGUCGUACACACCUUCGUCACGCAAGCGCAAGAGUUCCGCCAGACGUGACAAGCACGGGGCGUGUGUAUGUUAUACGUAUGUUAUGCAGAAAAGACGACAUGUACAAGGAGGAGCACGGAGCCCACUCCGAUCCGGCUGGGGCUCAUCGACGCGACGCGAUGCGGACACGCUUAAGAGUUGAUCGGUGUCUUCCUAUAGGGCCGGGCUGAUAGAUCAUAGAAGAGGAGAGGGAGGAACGCACCCGGCGAGCACGUCGGGCGCCGGUCAGUCACGAUGUAUGUAAACUUGCGGCAGCUUUUCAGGACUCUCGGUUUCCAGGUAGUUAUUAGUUGAUGAUUAAACAUUACUACACAUAAUCCAAGCAUAACAACUUUACUACUUAACAGAACACCCACCCACCCCAUACAGUAUCAAGAUCUCACCACAAAGGUCUCCUUGAAGGUCGCUGCCAUCGCAAAAACCGCGCAAGCAUGUUAAAUUGCC